UCCCCUGUUUGAUAGUGUUACAAAAAGCCACCGAAUGCGGUGCCAAAGCUACUCAAAUAACCAUAUGAUCCCAAACCAUACGCACGCUUCCCAAAACCAAAAAAAAAAGAUAAAUAAAAAAUCACCAAAAUAAUUUCCACCCCCUUGCCAGCUCAAACCUCUCUGUUUACAUUUGUGUCGCGAAAUGGGUUUGGAGUGUGUUUUCAUUCCACGCGUCAUUCUUUCUUUACUCUCCCAAAUCCCAACAUUACUUUAUAUUAAAGCCAAUUUUUCACCCAUAUAAAUGCCUCAAAACGUUUCACUCUCUCCUUCACACUUAUCAGCAACACGUAACGCACAAAAACAUGGCAAGUUCGUCCUACACCUCAUCACAGAGUAGUAGUUGUAGUGGUGAUGUUGCAAAGACUGUAAUUUUAGUGUUUGUGGUUGUGGGUUGUUUGGUAACGAGUGUGUCAUCGUCUGGUAAUUUCUUUGAGCAUUUUAACUUGACGUGGGGUGACAAUCGUGCCAAAAUACUCGAUGGAGGUAAACUUCUCUCUCUCUCUCUUGACCAAACCUCGGGCUCUGGUUUUCAGUCCAAGGCAGAGUAUCUCUUUGGUAGAAUCGACAUGCAGCUCAAGCUUGUUCCCGGUAACUCUGCCGGAACCGUCACCGCUUACUAUUUAUCUUCAGAAGGACCAAAUCAUGACGAAAUUGAUUUUGAGUUCUUGGGGAACCUCAGUGGGGACCCUUAUACAGUACACACCAAUGUGUAUACACAAGGAAAUGGAGGAAGAGAGCAACAAUUCCACCUUUGGUUCGACCCCACCAAGAAUUUCCACACCUAUUCCAUCGUUUGGAACUCCCAGCGAAUCAUAUUCUUAGUGGAUAGCAUACCCAUUAGAGUGUUCAACAAUGAGGAAGCAAUAGGAGUUCCGUUUCCUAAGAACCAGCCAAUGAGGCUCUACUCGAGCCUGUGGAAUGCAGAUCCGUGGGCAACCAGAGGUGGAUUAGUGAAAACAGAUUGGUCCAAAGCUCCAUUUACGGCAUACUACAGAAACUUCAAUGCAAACACUUGCGUGAGGGCUAGAGGUUCAUCAUCAUCAUCAUCAUCAUCAUCUUGUGCUUCGGUUUCCACGGAUGUUAGGAUGGACCAGAGUUGGCAAACGCAGGGUGUGGAUGCGAAUAGCAGGAGAAGACUGAGAUGGGUGCAGAAAUAUUUCAUGAUUUAUAAUUAUUGUGCUGAUUUGAAGAGGUUCCCGGAGGGUCGUCCCAAGGAAUGCAGGCGUUCGAGGUUCUGACUUCUGAGGUGAUCAUUUUGUAAGUAUGGAUUUAUAUAAUGUGAUGUUCGAGAUGGAAUUGUGUUUGUGAAAAGAAAAAGAAAAUUUAAAAAUUAAGAAGUGUGAGCGAUGUCGUCUGUGUGUUUUGUUUGGUUGGUUGUAUAGCAUGGCAAAGCGACGUUUUGUGAUACUUGGAACCCGGAUUGUCCAACAUCUGGCAUGUCAAAACGAAAUACUCUAUAAAAAUGUUUUUUUUUUU